CGUUGCUAUACAGCAGUGUUGCCAUACACUGGUAUUGCUAUACAUCAGUGUUGCCGUACCCCAGUGUUGCCAUACUGUCGCCAGACUCGCCAGCGAGCGUGGAGCGCUGCAGUGUGCACAACCGCACGCCGUCGAGCCUCCACGUGACCUGCCGGCCCGCCACCUCCAGCGCCGGCAGAUACUACAUGGCGGUGGUGGAGGAACCAGUUUCCGGACGAAUGGUAGCCAACAUCUCAUCCGAGAGUCCGGAUUUCAUCAUCCGGCCUCUGGACCCGGACCCUGACUACGCCGUGCGCGUGUUCUCCGUGAACGUCAGGGGCAGGUCGCUGCCGUACCUCCUCGAGAGCUUCUCGCUCAAAGUUGCUGAAAAUCGGAUGGAUGCUGACACCACGCCUCCAGGAACAGCAUCGCCUCUGCUGGCAGGGAUCAUCGGGAGUGUCGUCGUACUGCUGGCACUGCUGACCACUUCACUGCUGGCAGCUACACUGAGACGGUACAGAGCUCGCACGCUGACAGCAGGGCGCGCUGUCAGUCUACCGUCUGACUGUGCAGAUAAGGAGACAGCUGACGGUAUCUCUGUCAACGGCGAUACCACCCUGGGCGAGUAUUCAUCAGGUUCGCUGGCGGGAGGAAGUCACCUGCUCCUGCCUGUGCAAGACAAAGGCGACCGCAGAAGCUCGAGUUCUGGAGGCAUGCAAGAUUUUUGUCGGGAGUUUGCCCACUUAGAGUCCAGCGCUGCAGAGACUCCUACACCUGCUGCCGUCCAGCCUGAACGCGAUAUCGCAAUCAGCCGCAAUGCGACAUUCAGUCCUCGUAUUCAAGAUUCAGCCGCGACCAACCCUGCCUUGUACUCUUGUGGUUACCGGUACAUCAGAAGAGGAAGCGAAUUUACUUGCAAUGAUACCUCAGACAGAAACGAAAUACCUCAUGGCACUGAACAACGCCGUGUGGGCUUUCGGGUCGAUGAGUCGUUACUCAGACAUGACCGUACAGAAGAAUGUGGAUCUUUAGAUAGACGUUCGAUGCCAUCUCGUAUCAAAGACCUUCGCAAAGAAAUUGGUGUCAACGAUGACGUCAUGUGGGGGUCUCCAGGUCACAGUACCGAUGCUGACACCACGCCUCCAGGAACAGCAUCGUCUCUGCUGGCAGGGAUCAUCGGGAGCGUCGUCGUACUGCUGGCACUGCUGACCACUUCACUGCUGGCAGCCUCACUGAGACGGUACAGAGCUCGCAGGCUGACAGCAGGGCGCGCUGUCAGUCUACCGUCUGACUGUGCAGAUAAGGAGACAGCUGACGGUAUCUCUGUCAACGGCGAUACCACCCCGGGCGAGUAUUCAUCAGGCUCGCUGGCGGGAGGAAGUCACCUGCUCCUGCCUGUGCAAGACAAAGGCGACCGCAGAAGCUCGAGUUCUGGAGGCAUGCAAGAUUUUUGUCGGGAGUUUGCCCACUUAGAGUCCAGCGCUGCAGAGACUCCUACACCUGCUGCCGUCCAGAAUUCCGAUGCAGCGCUCGAGCUCUUCCAGCAACAACAAUCCUUUCAGAAAUCCCAGCGCGUCCUAUGGUUCCGUAAACUGGACAUUUUGUCUCCGCCUUCCUGA